UCCCGAAACGGAGCCAGAAACGGGUCCAGGCAGAAAUCCCCAGAUUUUGCUCCUUGUGUGAAUCUUCUGGACAUGGCUGAAGGCAUCCAAGGGCCCGAAUGGAGAAUCGUCCUGGUGGGCAAAACCGGCAGUGGGAAAAGCGCCACGGGAAACACCAUCCUGGGGGAGAACGUCUUCACGUUUGAGGUGUCCCCUCAUUCAGUCACGAAGACUUGCCGAAAGGUGGAGACGCGGUGGAGGGGACGGACGGUUGCGGUGGUUGACACCCCGGGCUUUUUCGACCCUGAAACCACAGGAAACCAGAAGGCCAAGGAAAAUGCUGCCGAAGUGAAAAAAUGCCUGAGGUUUUGUUCCCCGGGUCCUCAUGUCAUUCUGCAGGUGAUUCGUCCCGACCGUUUCACCCAGGAGGAGAAGGACGUGGCUCAGUUGAUCACUGAGAUCUUCAGCCUGAAGGCCAAGAAUUACAUGAUCCUCUUGUUCACCCGUAAGGACCAAAUGGAAGGAAAAACUCUGGAGGACUUCAUACACGAGGACCCCUCUCUCUGUGAGCAAGCGUUCCAGUGCGGGAACCGCUACCUGGCUUUCAACAACAAGGCCACAGGAGAAGAACGAGAGGCUCAGGUGGCCCAGCUGAUGACCAUGAUUGAUGAGCUGGUGCAGAAGAACGGGGAUGCUCCUUGUUACACGGAAGAGAUGAUGAAGAAAGACAAAGAGCAGUAUAAGAGGGAAAAGGAGGGAGAAUGGAAAUUCUCCUGCUGUCCUCUUCUCUAACAGACACCGGAAAGCCCCACGACUUGAACCUCUGCUCUCCCAAAGCCCACAGCUCUACGCUUCCCUCCCCCCCACAACCCCGCCUCUUCUGAGUUCGAAUCCAGCCCUCACCAGGGGAACUCCCAAGAAACUUAGGAAGCCUUAGUAAGACCGCACCUAGAAUAUUACAUCCCGUUUUGGUCACCUGCACUCUGCAAAAGAUGUUGAGACUCUAGAAAGGAGAGCAGAGGAGAGCGACCAGGAUGAUUAGGAGCAGGGGUGGGUUCUAAUUUUUUUUUACUACCGGUUCUGUGGGCGUGGCUUAUUUUGUGGGCGUGGCUUGAUGGUCAUGUGACAAUUAUUUAGGAUUUAGCAGAGGUACUGGUCUACCAGGCUCCGUUUUAAUUCCUUGCAGAGCUGUACCAAUCUACCCUUUUAUUUUUUGCAGGCACUGGUCUGCUCAUGUAUUCGUGCAGGCGCUCAUCUACUCAUUUGUUUUCUUUUAACACUGAUCAGCUGUAGGGCGGCCCUUUGAAGCCCCCGGGCAAGAGUUUAAAGUUUCCCUCUAGCCAUCAGCUGGGACUCAGGAGGCAGCAAUAGAUUGGGGUGGGGCCAAAUAAAAGGUAAGAAUA